AUGCUGGGUGAACUUACCGAUACAGGCGCUGAAACAACUGAGUAUGGCUCCUAUGGUUCGAUCAUAUCUGGAAACUAUACCACUCCGGAUGGUGGUCAAGCCAAUUUGAUCACAGGAAACUACCGGUUGGCAAAUGGGCAGAGUGGGAAUAUCUACCAAGACAGCCUUGAUGAGCCGAACACUGCCAGCUUGCCAAUCCCAACACCGUGGACCAGUAGUGGGGUUGGUUCCGCCAUACCAGCGAGCCAAGUUGGAUCUCAAGCAUUCACCAAUACGUCGGCGACGCCAUCCUUGCCCAGACUCACAACCACAGCUGUGACGAGCACGGGUGGCUCCGUGGCAUCUCUUACGAACGCAGCCGCAACCAGUGCCGCGACCAGCCUCAUGAGCAGUAACACAGCUCUUUCAGGUAGUCCAACCACCACGACAUCAGGCACAACGCCGGCGGAGAGCACCACAGGACCCACACAGCCAGAGAUCACACCUCCGAUUGACAGCGUGGCAGCGAGGAGGGCAUGUGGUGGAAUAUAUGGCUUAUGGUUGCUGGCCGUGGUUUCAUACAUGGUAAUAAUUUAA